CAACGCCAGAUCGAAGGCGUGUGUCUUUGUCGUUGUGUCGUUUCGCGGCUCAGCUGACUUUUCCUCGUGUGUGUGUGUGUGUGCGUGCGUGUGGCUGUGCCCCUGCGCGCCGCUGCCAGGCUGUGUUUUCGGCGUCGGCCCUUCCGUGCAUGUUCCGUCCCGCCCAGAGCAAGCUGCCCCGGAGUGAACUCCCCGCUGCGUGGCGGCGGUGCUACUGCUGCCGUCGAACCAGGUGUGUGUCCCGCGCUGACGGCGCCGCCGCCGCCCCGCCAUGAAGAUCAAGGAGGGCGACGACGCCCUCAAGGAAGCGGCCGGCAACAAGGUCCAGAAAGGAGGGACGGUCAAGUUGCGUCCGCUGACCGUCGCCAUGUCGAGCGUGCGGACGCCCCUCCAGACGGUCCACGAGUCUGUCACCACGGACCAGGGGCCGGUCUUUAAGCUCCCCAAAUCUCCGCCGGGGGAGGAUGCGUCGAUGCUGGCGCCCCGCACGACGGCGUCCUCACGCAGCCGCACCUCUGAGGAGCCCCACAUCGGCCGGUACCGGCUGCUCAAGACCAUCGGCAAGGGCAACUUUGCCAAGGUGAAGCUGGCCAAGCAUGUGCCCACGGGCAAGGAGGUGGCCAUCAAGAUCAUCGACAAGACCCAGCUGAACCCAUCGAGCCUGCAGAAGCUCUUCCGCGAGGUGCGCAUCAUGAAGAUGCUCGACCACCCAAACAUCGUGAAGCUGUACCAGGUGAUAGAGACGGAGAAGACGCUGUACCUGGUGAUGGAGUAUGCCAGCGGGGGGGAGGUGUUCGACUACCUGGUGGCCCACGGCAGGAUGAAAGAGAAGGAGGCCAGGGCAAAGUUUAGGCAGAUUGUUUCGGCAGUGCAGUAUUGUCAUCAAAAGAGGAUAAUCCAUAGGGACCUGAAGGCGGAGAACCUGCUGCUGGACGGAGAGAUGAACAUAAAGAUAGCGGACUUUGGAUUUAGCAACGAAUUUGUGCCCGGCAUGAAGCUGGACACGUUUUGCGGGAGCCCACCCUACGCGGCACCCGAACUCUUCCAGGGCAAGAAGUACGAUGGGCCUGAGGUGGACGUGUGGAGCCUGGGCGUGAUCCUGUACACGCUAGUCAGCGGGUCCCUGCCAUUCGACGGGGCCAACCUGAAGGAGCUGCGGGAGCGGGUGCUGCGGGGCAAGUACCGCAUCCCCUUCUACAUGUCUACCGACUGCGAGAACCUGCUCAAGAAGUUCCUGGUGCUGAACCCGGCCAAGAGGGCCACCCUCGAGGUGAUAAUGAAGGACAAGUGGAUGAACAUUGGCUACGAGGAAGACGAGCUGAAGCCCUACCUGGAACCCGAGACGGACUUUGGGGACUCCAAAAGGAUAGCUGUGUCCUCGCGCGCAGAGAUCCUCAUGUCGAUGGGAUACAGUCGGGACGAGAUAGAGGACUCCCUGCGCAACAGGAAGUACGACGACAUCAUGGCCAACUACCUGUUGCUCGGAAAGCGGACCACCGAGAACGAGAGCUGCGACUCGAGGUCUAGUUCCAGCUUAUCCCUGCGGACACUGAGGCCCACGGGGGUGGAGGCGGUGGCCAACCAGUCGCCCUCGCACGUGAAGGUGCAGCGCAGUGCCUCGGCCACGGCCAACAAGCCCCAUCGGCGGCUGAGCCACACGGGGGACCAGGCCGGGAGCGCCGCCACACCAAACGCAGCAGGCGGCCAGGGGGGCACGGCGCCGGCGGCCACCCCCGGGGGGGGCUACAAGCCCUGCCGGGGGGGGAGCGAGGCGAAGGAGAGCCCCGCGGGGGGGGGCUCUCCCCGCCCGGGCAAGCCCCUGGGCCUGAAGAAGGCCGGGUCCGGGGGCAGCACCCCGGGCACGCCCCUGGGGGCCCCCCCGGGUGCCAACUCGAGCAGUCCCUCCAAGGCAGUGGGCUCGGUGCGCAAGGCAGGGGUCCCCAACAGCGCCCCCAACUACAUCAAGGCCAACCUGAGCGGCAUCCCCCGGCGCAACACCUACAACUACGCCGAGGGCAAGGGGGGCCCCGCCACCAUCGACGCCCCCACCAGCAACACGUCGCUGGCGGAGGAGUCGAGCGGAGGCGCGUCCCGUCCCAGGGGCCACGCCAAGUCGGCCUCGGUGUCGGGCACGGGCAGGGCCGGCUCCGACCUGGCCCCCGCCGACCCGCUGCGCCCCAGCAGCGCGUCGUCCGGGGCCAAGGGGCCCCCCCAGCAGCAGGCCCUGGGGGCGUCUCCCCUGCCGUCGCACACGAACCGGCCCUUCCCUAGGGGGACUGUGAACCGGAGCACCUUCCACAGCGGGCAGACACGCAGGGCCUACAACGGGCCGGGGGGCCUGCCCGCCCAGGCCCAGGACACCUCGAGCGUCUCGGGCAGGCAGUCCUUCUUCUCCAAGCUCUCCUCAAAGUUCUCCAAGAGUGCUGCCAGCUACAACGCUACUCCACCGCCCAUGCCACGAGAGCUUAGAACAAGGGGCCUGAACGAGGAGCAGGUGAAGCCUCGCUCGCUGCGCUUCACGUGGAGCAUGAAGACGACGUCGUCGCGGGACCCCAACGAGAUCAUGCAGGAGAUCCGCAAGGUGCUGGACCGGAACAACUGCGACUACGAGCAGCGGGAGAAGUUUUUGCUGCUGUGCGUGCACGGGGACCCCAACACGGACUCGCUGGUCCAGUGGGAGAUUGAGGUGUGCAAGCUGCCCCGGCUGUCGCUCAACGGCGUGCGCUUCAAGCGCAUCUCGGGCACCUCCAUCGGCUUCAAGAACAUCGCCUCCAAGGUGGCCAACGAGCUCAAGCUCUGACUCUCUCUCGACCUCGAGGAGGAGGCCGGCAUGCGUGCGCGACACCCGUGAGCGUGUACAUACGUAGGACACGACGGGCCUCCCCCCGGCCCCGACGGCGCCGCGAGUGCCGCACGGAUGUGCCGCCGCCGAAGGGGGGAGGCCCUUCUUUGGGGUUUGUCUGUUUCAAUUGUGCACGUGGGAGGGGCCGCAUUCCCCCGGUGUGUGUGUGCGUGCGCGAGAGUUACUUAGCGAGGGACGCGCUCGGGCCAGAGAGAUGCGACGGACACUUUCGAGACCAAACACUGUCCCCGAGCUCGUGUCUGCAUUUUUUGUUUUAGCUUACGGAAGAAAAGAGCCCCCUUCUUUUUAGACUGCCUCUCUCCGGUCUUUUAGCAUUCUCCGACCGGCCGAGACCGCCGCGGCACCCCCGCGGCGUCCGGCUCCGGGGAAGGGACACGUGGGCGGCGUCGUCGUCUGCCUCCCGACUCCGCUCCCCGGCCGCCGCGUCGGACGACACUUGCAGCUCAAGGAGUCUGUUCUCUUUUUUUUUAUACACUUAACACGCCGGUUAUUAGAAAUGACUUGUACAUAAACCUUGUUUUUUGUUUCGGAGCAUUGCCGUGUACAUAUACAACAGGCAUUGGGGGCUGCCCCGACGGUUUCUCCACGCAUUGCCGCCUGUUUUCCGCCGCCCGCAGAGGUGGUUCCCCUUCCCCUCCCCUUUGCCCGCCGCAAAGGGGAAAGGAGGCAGAUUUCUCGUGCGGGAAACGUGGGGGCGGAGCCAUGUACAUACACCGGCGGCGCGCGCCGGUGCGGGAGGCGGCGUGGGACGCCCGGUAGCCGCACUUAUUUUUGUGUGACGCUUGGGCGGUGCCGGCCUCUGCAGUGUCCGGCGGAGGAGCACCGCCCGCAGUCUUCUCUCUCUUCCCCUUUCCCGGAGAAAUUGGUUACUAGUUGUUCAGUGUAAAUAUCUGGAACUUUCGUAAUUACGAGUAAGCGCUAGGGAAGUUUCUAGUGUAUAAUUUAUCUAAAAACAAAUAAAGGGUCCUUCCGA